AUGCUCCUCUCUGCCCUCGUUGCGACAUGUCUUCUGACCCCCUCCUAUGCUGCUCCCAUCGACGGGCAAGCCCCCCUUUUUGUUCCUACCAUACACAACCAUCUCGACCCUCUGAAGCAUCUCUCCGCCAUCUCUCCCUUCUAUAUCCCUUUCGAACAACCUGCUCCACUACCACCUCAUUGCUCCCUCACCCGUGUUUCCCUGCUCAUCCGACAUUCUGCUAUCAUGGGCAAUGACGACGAAUUCGAACAAACCAUGUCUCCCUUCAUCCAAAAAGUCCGCAACAUCUCGACAUCUGAGCCACAUCUUCUCCCUUCCUCCGGCCCUUGGGCCUUUUUACGGCAGUGGGAAACCCCCAUCGUAGAGAAGACUUUGGAGGAGAUAUCACCUCGCGGUCGGAAAGAUGCGAAACAUCUAGGCAAAUACAUCAGGAAACAGUAUAACUCCCUCUUUCCUCCACGUACCCGUCGGGGGUCAAACAGUCAAACCCCAAAAGAAGGUGUGGAGGGAGUGAUAAAAGGUGGAAAACCGAGUUACAAAGUUUGGACGGCUUCCAGUGGGAGGGAUAUCGAUACUGCCAAAGCUUACAUCCUCGGUAGCUUCCCCAGUCAUCAAAGUGGAGAUGAUGGUGAGGGAGAUGGCGAUGUGGUACAAUUGAUCGAAGUUCCUAAUCAUGCUAAAGAAUGGGAGAAGAGUUUGACACCUCAUAAAGCCUGUGAUAGGUUCGAAAAGGAGUCUUCGUUGAAGCCUGCGAAUCAGUGGUUGGCGGUCUACGCUCCGAGAGUCAGACAGAGAUUGAAGAGGUAUAUUCCGGACUUGGUAGAGAGAUUAAAUGAUCAGGACAUUCUGGCUAUGCAGAUGCUUUGUGGCUACGAAACUAUCGCUGCCGGCAAAUCUCCCUUUUGUCACGUGUUUACCGACUCGGAGUGGCUUGACGUGGAGUAUUACUUCGAUGUUCGAUUCCACUACAUGAUGGGGUACGGUUCCCCUCUUGCGCCAUAUUUAGGAAUGCCAUGGGUUAAAACGGCCAAGCAUCUUUUAGAAGGGGAAGGGGACGACGGGAAAGGGGAUCAUCUUGUAUAUGAAGGGUCUUUUAAAGGCAAAGGGAAAUUACCUGGACCAAGGGUACCUCCUAAUGCUACACAUAGUCAAUUACUUCAUCCCCACUUUACUCACCGUGAAUCGCCAGCUUUCGUCUCUACCUUUCUCAACCUCUUCAAUUCUACUCAACUACCCCAUCCGGCAUCGGAAGAACCUCCCCUUGAUCGGAGAGUUGACAACCGUCAAUGGCGUACAUCGCAUAUUUCCUCUUUUCUGGGUCAUAUCGCAUUAGAGCGAUUCAGCUGCAAACCGACGUUUUCAGAGCCCAUGUUGUCUUCCCUCAAGAAUGAGAUAGAUGUAGACGAAGAUGUAGAAAGUCAGUCGAGUCACAAGAAGAAAGCAGACUACGUCCGUGCGGUGGUCAAUGGAAAACAUGAGAUCAUGUAUGGAUGUCAAGAUGGUGUGGAGAAUUCGUGCAAGUGGGAGACAUUCCGAGAAUGGGUGGAUAAGAGGGGUGAGAAAUGGGGUGAUUGGGCGGGAGUAUGCAAUAAGUAG